CGGAAUGAAAUGCCAAAAAAGUGAAGAAAAACUAACGGGAGUGUGUGUUUUCAAGAGGAAAUUCUCAAUUUAAUUCCUCAAAGGGAUUGAGGAACGUUCAGAUUUUAUCAAAUUAUCAUAGCUUAGUGAAUCUUCUAGGCCAUUUCUAUUCCCGGAGACUGCCCCCAUUUCAUUUUCACGCAGAAUUCAUUGAAAUACUUUGGCCAUGGUGGGCCAUCAUGAGUUUUCUCAUCCCCCAUUUUAGGAACUUCUUCCACAGAUUGCUCGAUUAGGGCCCCUCCGGCAUCCAUCCCUCAAUCUUAAGCCCCCAUUUUUCGAUUUUCCACUUUUGUUCCCUAUUAGUUUAUUUUCUUUUUUAUAUCACACCUGACGCUCAUUGUUGCGAAUAUGAAUAUACAGACGAUUAGAAAUGUUAGCGAUUGUGUGCCACUGUACUUGCCGCACAGCUUGUACCUCAAAGCAAUUGCGAGGAUCAACAUCUCGGUGUCAUUGCCACCCGCCGUAGUUGGGAAGACCAUCUCCAAUUGGGAUGUGAUGGAAAAGUUGCGCUCAAUGAUUGAGCCGGAGACAUUCUCAGUUCUAAAGGUGUCGAAGAGUACGUUAGAAUUUAUAAGGCUGGAAGCUGAAUUGGAGGAUCGGGCAAAACUGAAGAAUGUCGUGGCUCGCAUUGACGGAAGAAUGAUAAAGUUAGCAAAUUUCUCGGAGCACGUACGUGUUCGAGCAUCAGAGGCAAAGGAUGACUUCCCCACUCGUCACGAUUGGGACACAUUCUUUCGGGAUGCUCGAAACAUGGAUGAAAUGAAGGCUGGAGAACGUCCAGAUACAAUUCACAUCUCAAACCUUCCCAUCACUUGGUUCUGCCCAAGACACAUGGAGAACUCAGACAACCCCAAGCCAAGUGAGAGUAUUUUCAAGAGGAUCUUUGAAAAGUUCGGAGAAGUACGCUGUGUGGAUAUUCCCAUCUGCGAUCCGUACAGGCCAAAGAUGAAGGCCCAUCUCCAAGGACUGAAGACCUUCUCCUUUGAGAAUGAAACUUACUUCGAAGGGUACGUGCAGUUUAGUGAAUAUGUGGGAUUUGUAAAGACAAUGGAUGAGUUUCGUGGCAUGAAACUCGUUCGAAAGGACGGUGAUAAGAAUCUCGCAAUCAAUAUUGUUGUAGAUUUCGACAAGACCAAGCAUCUCAGUGAAACAUCCAUUAAAAGGCGAAGGAUUGUGCGAGAGCGUCUCAUAGAGAAGGAGCGAGCUCAGGAAGAGGAGGACAAGAAAAAGCAAAAGGCACUAGAGGCAAAGAGAGAACGUGAGAAGCAACGUGAAGAAGAGCGAAAACGCAUUGAGCUCGAAAAGCAAAAGGAACGUGAGGAGAGGCGCAAGGAGAAGCAUCUCAAGAAGCUUCGCGAUAGAGAGCAAGUUGAGUUCAAUGAUAAAAUUCGAGCGGAGGAGAAGAAGCUCCUGGAGACUCAACGGAAGUUGGAGAGUAUUCGUCUACUUGAUGCUCUAUUUGAGCGAAUUAAAAUCAAGUCGAAUGAAAUGCAGCAAGCAAAGAAGGAGGAAGACAGUAAGAGUGCAGCCAAGAAUGAGAAGAAGGGCAAAAAAUUAGAGAAUUUGCCCGAAAAUGAUCUGAGAAAGAAACUCGUGAGUCGCUAUAAAAAUUCCCACGAAGAAGAACUCGAGAAGAGGCGUGAGAAGCUCAAGAAGGUGCGCGAUGAUGUUAUUCUGCAGGAUCUUCUAGUCAAAGGACGCUCGAGAUCACCGAGUAUUGAUACAAUUAGUUCCAAUGAUAGUAUCCUCAGCAAUAAUAGCACAAAGUCUGGAAAUAAGAAAAAGAAAAAGAAGGUGAAAAAGGCGAAAAAGUCUUCCACCUCUGAAGAUGAAAGCGAUAAAAUGAACAAAAACAUGGUUCAGCCCCCGGCUUUUCCGGCUAUGUAUAAUCCAGAAACGGGUGAAUAUAUUCCAAUGGGUAUGUAUCCUUACGGAGGAUUUUUCCCACCGCCAAUUGCUCCGGGAUUGAAUGCAGCUUAUUUUGCCGGAAUGGAUGGUAUGAAGCCAUACAGAGGCGCUGGAGGUGGUUACUCACGUUUUCCCCGUGGCCGGGGCAGAAAUUCUUAUCGCGGUGGUCGUGGAUACGGUUAUGGAGGGGGUGGUUAUCGUGGCUAUGACUACGGGGACGAUUACAAGUACCGCCGGAAUGAGCACGACGAUCGUCGAUCGAGAUCGUACUCGAGGUCGCGUAGUCGUUCAAAGUCACGUCGUAGGCGAUCAAGGAGUCGCUCACGUACGCGUGAAAGGUCGAGGGAUAAAUCUCGGGAACGAUCUCGGUCGCGAUCGCGCUCAAAAUCGCGGACAAGGGGCAAAAAUAGGAGAUUGGCUUCAACACGACGUUCCCGGGAUCGUUCAUCGUCGUCAUCGCCGUCACGAUGGUCCUCGAGAUCACGCAGCCGAGAUAGGCGACGCUCCCGGAAAACUUGGUCACGAGAUAGAUCAAGAUCGCGAUCUCAUGGAAAGUCCAAGUCGCGUUCAAAAUCAAGAGAUAGAUCGCGAUCACGAUCGAGGUCUCGAAGGAAGAAUAGUGCACCACAGAUUAAGCUUCAACCUGAGAAACUCGUAAGGACGGCAAAGGAGAUUCAGAGGAAUGUAGCAGAAAAGCUGCAGGAGCGUCUCCGUGAGGAGGAAGAGAUGAAGAAGAACAUCCUCGAGGUGGAGCAAAUGGAAAAGGAAAGGGAACUCCGGGCAAAGGCUGAAGCAUCCAUGGAGCAGGCAAGGGCAGCCAAAAAAAAGAGUAGAUCCAAUUCUUCCGAAAGUUUCAUCGAUAGUUCCAAUGUUGUCUCAACGUCGCCCAAGCAAUUGAGUCUGUCUCCCGAAGAAGCAAGAAAGAGUCCUCUGUAGACUUCUUUUUUUCAAUGAUUUAUUCACUAAAACUAAAUAUUAUAAUUUAAAUUUCUUUUUCUGUAUUCUAUUGAAUUCAGUCUGGAAAACAUGAAUUUUAUUCAGAGA